AUGUCCCUGACCACCGCCUCCCCCGUCGAAAUCGCCCGCCAAGCACGCCUCUCCUCGCGGACGCUGGCUACCCUCCCCGUCGCCCAACGGAACGCCGCCCUCGCCGCCAUCCACGAGGCCCUCCUCUCCGCCAAGGAGGAGAUCCUCGCGGCGAAUGCGAAGGAUGUCGAGGCGGCGAAGUUGGCGACCGCGGACGGUUCGCUCAACCCGAGUAUCCUCAAACGCUUGGAUUUGAGCCGGCCCGGCAAGUUUGAGGAUAUGCUUGCUGGCGUGAAGGAUGUGGAGAGGUUGGACGAUCCUGUCGGCAGAGUCGAUCUCAAAACCGAACUCGACGACGGACUCAUCCUCCAACGUCAGACCUGCCCCAUCGGCGUCCUCCUCAUCAUCUUCGAAGCCCGCCCCGAGGUCAUCGCCAACAUCGCCUCCCUGGCGAUCAAAUCCGGCAACGCCGCCAUCCUCAAAGGCGGCAAAGAAUCCACCGCGUCCUUCCAGACCAUCUCCACCGUCAUCUCCCGCGCGCUGGCCUCCACCGCCGUGCCCAACGCCGCCGUCCAGCUCGUCGCCACCCGCGACGCCGUCGACGCCCUCCUCGAGCUCAGCGAGUACAUCGACCUCGUCAUCCCGCGGGGCUCCAACGACCUGGUCCGCCACUGCCAGCGCAAGGCCCACAUGCCCGUGCUCGGCCACGCCGACGGCCUCUGCAGCAUCUACAUCCACUCGGACGCCGACGCGCAGAUGGCCGCGGCCGUGGUCGUCGACUCCAAGACCGACUACCCGGCGGCCUGCAACGCGGUGGAGACCCUGCUCGUGCACGAAUCCGUCCUGCACACCGUCCUCCCCGCCGUGGCCACCGCCCUCUUCGCCAAGGGCGUCACGCUCAAAUGCGACGCGCCCGCCAAAGCCGCGCUGACCGCGACCCUGCCCGGCUCCGCCCACCUGCUCCUCCAGGACAGCACGGAAUCCGACUACGACACCGAGUUCCUCGACAUCGUGCUCGCCGUGCGCACGGUGCCGUCCUCCCCGGCGACCACUCCAGACCAAACCUCCCCUUCGACCUCGCUAUCCUUCGCGAUCUCGCACAUCAACACGCACGGCAGCCACCACACCGAGUGCAUCCUGACCGCCUCGAGAGAGGUCUCGGAGGAGUUCUUCGCGGGCGUCGACGCGGCGUGCAAGUUCUGGAACUGCUCCACGCGCUUCUGCGACGGCAUGCGCUUCGGCUUCGGCACCGAGGUCGGCAUCUCGACGAACAAGGUCCACGCGCGGGGCCCCGUCGGCCUGGAGGGCCUCACCAUCCAUGAGUAUCGCCUGAGCGGACAAGGACAGGUCGCGGCGAGUUACUCCGGGGCCGGGGCGAGGGGUUAUACGCAUCGGAAGUUGGAUUUAUAG